GCUGUCGCAUAUAGACGCAUGCGCGUCCGCGACAGUCUGUCCAAGGCCGGGUAUCAUGGCGACGUACGUGGACAUCCUGAAGAGCGAGUUUCCAGAGAUAGACACGGAGGUUUUCAACUACAUCACGGGAGUGUUGGACAGCUGUGGAGGAGACUUUGAGGAUGGGGACGAGGUGUACGAGGCCGUGGGAGGAGUCCUACAGGAGGUCUCUGCUGACAGUAAAAACGAAGACGACGUCAGAGAAAUCUGUUUCCAGAUGUUCAACACUCUGAAACUGAACAACCAUCAUGGCACUCAGAGGCAGGUGUUGCUGGACGCUCCAGUUCAGCUCUCUCAGAUAUCUGCAGAAAACGUUUGUGCAGCAGAAGGCGGUCAAAGGAAUCCGGGAUGAUUAAACGUGGGUCAGAACACA